UUCGCAAACGAAUGUCACGUCCAGUCGUGAUUCAACUAUGCUAACGAAAUUGUUACUUCUGUUCGCGGUCACGGCCUGCUUCGGUCCGACGGUGGAAUCGGCCCGGAUUUUGGGCGUCCUCCACGUACCUUCCUACAGUCACCAUGAACCUCCCAACAUGUUGAUGAAGGAGUUGGCGCGCAGGGGCCAUCAGGUCACCGUCAUCGGACCAUUCGAGGAAAAGGAAAAGUUGAACAACUACAGAAAAAUACAAAUCGAAUCGGAUAUUCCUCUGCAAGCGGAUGGUCAAACUCUGUUCGAAAUUCUUCGAAAGGAUUUGUUAGUCUACAAUCAGCUGAUAAUCGAUUACUGCUUUGCGAUAACAGAAAGGUUCUUCAGGAAUUCGAAAGUUGUGGAGUUUCUCAACUCCGACGAAUCUUUCGACCUGGUGAUCAUGGAGGACUUCAUCAGCCCAAGCUUGCGCGGAAUCUGCCAUCGUUUCAACGCGCACUGCAUCACCUACUCCUCGAUCACAUCUAUAGCUUAUAUAGAUCAUAUUGUAGCCAAUCCAACACCUUUAUCUUACGUUUCCGAGUUCACUCUGGCCUUCCCCGAUCAUCUGAACUAUCAACAAAGAUUCCUCAACACCCUCCACUACGUUUACUCUCUCUACAUGUACCAUUACGAAGUUGUUCCUAGACACGACAAACUCAUGAAAACAUAUCUACCUAACUCUCCAGAUCUGAACGAAAUCAACUACAACAACUCUUUACUUUUGCUCAACUCCCACAUCAGCUUCCAAUACGCCAGUCCUAAAAUGCCCAGCAUUGUGGAAAUCGGUGGUUUUCACGUAAAAACCGAGAGAAAUCCUCUGCCCAAAGACUUAAAAACCUUCCUUGAUUCAUCUACCGAAGGAGUAGUUUAUUUCAGCAUGGGUUCGGUGCUGAAAAGCAAGGAUUUUCCUGAAAAGAAACGGGAUGAAAUUAUGAAAGCGUUAUCUCAAAUUAAAUGCAAAGUGCUGUGGAAAUUCGAGAAUGAUCAAAUGGACAAUCUUCCGAGCAAUGUUAAGACUUAUAAAUGGGUUCCGCAGCAAGACGUCUUAGCUCAUCCGAACGUGAAGGCGUUCAUCACACACGGCGGAUUAUUCAGCACCAUUGAAGCAGUCUACUUCGGUGUUCCAAUCAUAGGAAUUCCCGUCUUCGGAGAUCAAAGAGCCAACAUGCUUUCUUGCCAAAGAAAAGGCUUCGGAAUCGCACUGGAUUACGCCACUAUAAACUCUAUCGAUCUACUCGCGGCUCUCGAAAAAAUCCUUAAAAACCCCAAGUAUAUGCAGAACGCAAAAUUGAGAUCAUCUCUGAUGUUGGAUCAACCUUUAAAACCGAUGGAAACAGCUAUCUUUUGGAUUGAGCACGUGCUGAGGACAAAGGGCGCUCCGCACUUGAGACCCGCUGGUUUGGAUCUUCCAUGGUAUCAGUAUCAUCUGGUGGACGUGAUCGCUCUACUCGCUUUAAUCAGUAUUACGUGCGUCUCGUUGAUUGUGCUUUGCGUAAACAGAAUCGCGUUUAAAAAGAAAUCAAUUAAAUCGACGGUCAUCCAAAACUAUUUUGCGGUGUGGUCACCUCAUUUGUUCGAUCAUUGCGAUAUUCGUCUUGGCAUCUCUCUACAAUGUGCGCAAGGAGCCAGGAUAUUAGGUGUCUUUGUGGUGCCUUCCUACAGCCACUUCUACCCUCCAAACGAACUGAUGAAGGAGCUGGCACGAAGAGGACAUGAAGUCACGGUCAUUGGACCAUACGAGGAGAAUGAAAACUUGGUUAAUUAUACGAAGAUACAGACUACAUCGAUGUUUCCAAUCAACGACAUAUUCGAAAACGUCGGAUUCUUGAUGGACGUCACCUACGGCCUGUACGAGAGGAUCUUCGCCGAGCCCAAAAUCGAGGAAUUCUUAAAGUCCAAACGGCGAUUCGAUUUGGUCAUAAUAGAGAAUUUCUUGAGUCCCAGUUUACAUGGUUUCUGUCAUCAUUUCGACGCACCGUGCGUCGUUUAUUCUUCGUUAACAUCCACCUGCUACGUCGAUCCUCUGAUGGGUAACCCGACGCCCUUAUCCUACCGAAAGAUUCUUAAAUUUGAUCCAUUACCUUUACACCAAUACAAAUACCAUUUCCACGAGAUCCCCAGGCAGAACGCCCUCACCAAAAGGGUCUUCCCGAAAUCUCCAGAUCUCUACGAUAUUUUAUACAAUAACUCGCUUCUUCUACUCAAUUCGCACAGCAGUUUCAGUUCUGCAAGACCUAAGAUGCCGAGCAUCAUUGAAAUUGGUGGAUUUCACGUGAAAACCCAAAGGAAACCUUUACCUGAAGACCUGAAAGUCUUCUUGGAUUCGUCUACCGAAGGGGUGAUUUAUUUUAGCAUGGGUUCGAUGCUGCAAAGCAAAGAUUUUCCCAAGAACAAAUUAGAUGAAAUUGUGAAAGCCUUAUCGCAGAUUAAAUGCAAAGUUCUAUGGAAAUUCGAGGAUGAUCGAGUGGAAAAUCUCCCUGGAAAUGUUAAGAUUUACAAAUGGAUUCCACAACAAGACGUCUUAGCUCAUAAACACGUGAAGGCGUUCAUCACGCACGGCGGAUUAUUCAGCACCAUUGAAGCAGUCUACUUCGGUGUUCCAAUCAUAGGAAUUCCCGUAUUCGGAGAUCAAAAAGCCAAUAUGCUUUCUGCCCAAAACAAAGGUUUCGGAAUCGCCUUGGAUUAUGGCACCAUAAACUCAAUCGGUUUACUCUCAGCACUUCGCGAAAUCCUGUACAACCCUAAGUAUACACAGAACGCCAAAUUCAGAUCAUCCCUGAUGUCGGAUCAACCUUUAAAACCUAUGAAAAAGGCUAUCUUCUGGAUUGAGCACGUGUUAAGAACAAAAGGCGCUCCUCAUUUGAGACCAGCUGGCUUGGAUCUUCCUUGGUAUCAAUAUCAUCUUCUAGACGUUAUCACACUACUCACCGUCAUCAGUAUUACGUGUGUUACGUUAAUUGCGCUUUGCAUAACGAAACUGUCGGUGAAAAUAAAAUCGAUUAAAGUCGAUUGACUUUUUUGAAUGAAUCACCGAUAAAGAACCGUUAUAUUCAGUUGUCCAUUAAUGAUUGUGUGUGUGUAUGUGUUUUGGAAUUAAUAAACAAUUAAGAAUUGCAACUUGAUAACAGAGCAGUAGCAAUUAGAGACGUUUCCCUUGGAAUUUACAACCAAGUGUAACGUUACGCCACAAAAUUAUAAAAAGUGAAGAAAUUAGAAAAAAAUAUUUACAAAUUUGAACAAAAAUAAAACAAUUAUUCC